GCCUGGAAGAAACGCUGGUUUAUCCUGCGCAGUGGCCGGAUGAGCGGGGACCCGGAUGUUUUGGAAUAUUACAAGAACGACCACUCCAAAAAGCCACUGAGGGUCAUCAACCUCAACUUCUGUGAGCAGGUGGAUGCGGGCCUGACCUUCAACAAGAAGGAGCUACAGGACAGUUUUGUGUUCGACAUCAAGACCAGCGAGCGCACCUUUUAUCUCGUGGCAGAGACAGAGGAGGACAUGAAUAAGUGGGUCCACAGCAUCUGCCAGAUCUGUGGCUUCAAUCAGGCAGAGGAGAGCACAGACUCCCUGAGAAACAUUUCCGCAGCCACUCAUGGGCCCCGCUCCUCUCCAGCAGAGCUCAGCAGCUCCAAUCAGCACCUACUCCGGGAACGAAAAUCCUCAGCGCCAUCGCACUCUAGCCAGCCAACCUUGUUCACAUUCGAAGCCCCUAUGUCGAACCACAUGCAGCCCGCCUUGUCCACCAGUGCACCUCAGGAGUAUCUCUACUUGCACCAGUGCAUAAGCCGGAGAGCAGAAAAUGCCAGGAGUGCCAGCUUCUCUCAGGGCACCAGGGCCUCGUUCCUCAUGAGGAGUGACACGGCCGUACAGAAACUGGCCCAGGGCAAUGGACACUGUGUCAACGGCGUCAGUGGCCAAGUCCAUGGCUUCUAUAGCCUCCCCAAGCCAAGCCGGCACAAUACGGAAUUCAGAGACAGCACCUACGACCUCCCCCGAAGCCUGGCCUCCCAUGGCCACACCAAGGGCAGCCUCACAGGCUCCGAGACAGAUAAUGAGGACGUGUACACCUUCAAGACGCCCAUCAACACCCUGUGCCGGGAGUUUGGGGACCUGCUGGUGGACAAUAUCGAUGUUCCAACCACUCCACUCUCAGCCUACCAGAUCCCUAGGACAUUCACGCUGGACAAGAACCACAAUGCCAUGGCAGUGGCCACUCCUGGAGACUCAGCCAUAGCUCCACCACCCCGACCUCCCAAGCCAAGUCAGGCAGAAACUCCUCGAUGGGGGAGCCCUCAACAGAGACCUCCAAUCGGUGAAAACAGCAGAUCAGUCUCUGCCACCAUCCCCAGGCGUAAUACCCUCCCUGCGAUGGACAACAGCCGACUUCACCGAGCUUCUUCCUGUGAGUCCUACGAGUACCCGCAGCGUGCUGGAGAGAGUGCAGGCCGGUCUGCAGAGUCCAUGACCGACGGAGUCAGUUCUUUCCUGCCAGGGAAAACACUUAUAGGCCGAUCGGACAGCACCAAUUCCGAAGACAACUACGUGCCCAUGAAUCCAGGUUCCUCCACCCUGCUGGCCAUGGAGCGAGCAGGUGAUAAUUCCCAGAGUGUCUACAUCCCCAUGAGCCCAGGGCCCCAUCACUUUGACCAGCUCGGCUACCCUUCUGUAGCCCUUCCUGUGCACCGAGGCCCCAGCCGAGCGAGUGAGAUCCAGCCACCCCCUGUCAACCGCGACCUCAAACCUGACCGGAAAGCAAAGCCAACACCACUCGACCUGAGAAACAACACCGUCAUUGACGAGCUCCCCUUCAAGUCGCCUGUCACCAAGUCUUGGUCGAGGGCCAUCCACACCUUCAACUCCAGCUCCUCCCAGUACUGCCGCCCCAUCUCCACACAGAGUAUCACCAGCACGGACUCGGGAGACAGCGAGGAGAACUACGUCCCUAUGCAAAACCCAGUGUCUGCAUCUCCCAUUCCCAGUGGCACCAACAGUCCAGCCCCUAAGAAGAGCACUGGCAGCGUCGAUUACCUGGCCCUGGACUUCCAGCCAAGCUCCCCAAGCCCCCACCGCAAGCCAUCCACGUCAUCCGUCACUUCUGACGAGAAGGUGGACUACGUUCAAGUGGACAAGGAGAAGACCCAGGCCCUGCAGAGCACCAUGCAGGAGUGGACAGAUGUGCGGCAGUCCUCGGAGCCUUCCAAGGGCGCCAAGCUGUGACCAGGGGCCACCAAGCCUAGAGAGGGGCCUGGAGGCACCAAAGCUGUCUCCUCCCUGUCUCCCCUUUCUCCUCUCCCAUUGCCCCCUCCAGCCCACCUCUCUCCACUCUGCCACUCUGGCCUUCAAAGCACUUGACAUCAGGGACCCUGAACCCUCCCCCUGGGAGGUGAGGGCCUGAUCGAGGCACCUCCUCUGCCCACUCGGGCCCCACCUUUGAUUUUUAUCAAUAAUGGCCAUGCCUCUUCCUACCUUAGUUAGAGCUAUUGCCAAAAAGCAUCCUUCAGCCUCUUCCUGCUCUUUAGACCUGAGUAUCUACCAGACGUGUGGGCGGAGGGGCUGGGACUCUGAGCUGGAUUCCACAGCUCACAUUCCGUCCCCGCCCUCAGCCCCGUUCCCUCCAGCCCCUGGGCUGCCUCCAUCCGUCCUGGAAGAAGCCCGUCGUCUCACUGACCAGGGAGUCAGAGAUCAGCAGACCAAAGUGAACAUGGACUUCAUGCCUGUCUGUCUCGGCAGAGGAGAGGCAAGGCCACCAAAAGGUGGAAGAGUCGAGAAGGAAGGUUAGCGGUGGUCUUGAGGGACUAAGGAAUUAGAUCCCCAGAUAUAGAAGGGUCGUUGAUACCUGCAGUGGUCCCCCACUUUAGCCAAGUGGCAGGGCAGCUGUUGCGGGGUGGGAGAGGCAGGAGGCUGAGGACAAAAGGGAGAGCUGCGGCUGAUGGACAACCAAGAACAAGGAGCAGGGCUCAGAGCCCAGGACAUGGGGAGACAAGGACCCCACAGGGUCGGGUUGCUGGACUCUGGAGCCACCAGCCCACUCUUCCACUCUAGGACAGAGAUUGCCUAACUUCCCCAAGUCCCCGCCGCCUGAGGGCGCCAUGCCCAGAAGGCUGGAACUGUGUGGGGCGGAGCAGCAUGGUGUGUGCGAGUGCCGGCACGGUGAGGGAGGCUGGUGGAGCUGUGGGCAAGCGCUGCGCAGUGUGGGAUGUGGGCGCAUGGGGGGCACUGGAGUUGAUGCCAGGACUGAGGGGCGACGUUGGGACAGGAAUGGGCUGAGCAGAGGCACAGGGCCGUGCACAGGCCACUAGAGGGGGAUGGUGCAGCCAGUUUCUGCAGGAUGGGCAGUGCAGCAGGGAAGGCACAGGUACUGAUGGGAUGAGAGAGAGGCGGGGGUGAAGGCCAUGGGGGGGACAGGAGAGCAUGUGGGGAGGUACACCCAAAGGGCCUGGUGGCGUACCCAAGGCAGUCCCAUGGGGAUGCAGCGUGGGGCAGAAAGUGAAGGAGUGCUGUGUCGUCUCAGGAGAGCAGUGUGCAUGGUGGCAUGACACGAGGGCAGGCGCCAGGACUGAUGGAUGACAGGUGAAGCCGUGCAAGGGAGAGGGCAGGGCGGAGCGGAGCAUGGAGGUGACAGGUGGGAGUUGCCGGCAGCGUGUGCGGUGUAGCAAGGCUUUGUGCCAGGUCCCGGGGCAGGUCCAGUGUGGCCUAGUGCCAGGCUCAGAGUGUGUUUUCAGCUCAGAUCAGCUUCUGUUGCUCCCUCGCAUCCCAAGUGCCCUGUUGGACUCAAACCUGGCUACAGAAACAGGAGAGGCCAGGCCCCUCCUCCCCUCCCUGCCGGGGACAACAGGUAAGGCCUUCACCCCAGGCUUUCUCCUGAGCCUGCGGGAGGGGAUCUCAAUCUUUUAUGUGGAAAGCUCUUGGCCAAAUUUUCUAGAGUUUCAGAGGCAACUGGGCAGACCAGAUGUGUCAUCCUACCCUGGGAUGAGUUAGACCUUCUUCCCCACCCCCCAUCCCCCCCAAAAAUAUCCCACUAUGUUUAAUGGAGGUGGCUACCGCUCAAUUUUAGCUUCUUUGAGUGUAUGUACACACCCCCGACCAUUCUUGAAGAAAUCCCAUCCUGGGAGAAAUUAUUUUCUCAACAGUACCCGCUUCCUCUUAGUUUUAGUUCUAAUCAACUCAGCCAAUAUUUAUUAAUGGCUGCUGUGACCAGGCUCUGGGCUAGACACUGAGGACAAAGGAAUUAAUCAGACUUUGUCCCUGAACUUGAGAAGGCCACAGUCAGUGAGGAAAAAAAGACAAGGACACAAGAUAUUGGUAAUGGCCAUGAGAGACUUAAAAUGUCGAUGUCCCAUUCCCGGGACAGACAGACAACCAUGCUGAAGUGACUGGAACAAUAGGCAGAGGAUGCAAGACUAGUUCUGUGGGAGGUUGGUGCCGGGAGCAGGAGUGGAGGGUGAAGGGAGUGGGGUUCAGAGAAGGUGGAUUCUAAGAAAAGGAGGUGCCUGAGAAGGUGGGGGCGCCUUGGAAGAAUGUGGGUCAGAUUUUCACAGGGAAAGAGGGCAGCGCUGGGUCCAGUGGAAGAGAGGAGGGCAGACUUGGAAAGCGUUGUGCUUUGGAAACAAAGACGUUUGGCAGUGCAUGCCAGUGUCCCAGGUGAGAUGGUAAUGGGGGCAGCGGCCUGCAGUGGGCAGGGCUUGCUGGUUCACUCCGCCCAGCCCUGACUGUGUCUCUUUAAGACCCUCUACGACGGGUCUCCUAUGGCAGAGCUUUUAAUGGCUCCAGGUGGUCUCAGGUAUUGAUGCCCUCAGUUCCCAGCUCCAGCAGCCUCCCCGGUUGACCCCCUCGGUGCCCUAAUAAUGUAAGCAUUUUCUGAAUGUGCCAUGAUGUGAAUGAAACCAGCUGGCGUCUUCAGAGUCUGAAGUGUUCAGAUCUAAUCUGCAAGGAGACCUCCCUCCAGUUCUUGGUUCCUGUAACUCCCAAACUCUUAGGGCGGAGGCAGGGGUAGAGAUGGAAAGCGGUACAAGAGGAACUCACAAGCGCCAAACUGCCAGGUAUUUCGUACAUACCUGUCAGCUCUGUUGGAGAAACUGGUCCUUUGGCCUAUCAGUGGCUCAAAGUCCACCUUCCUUGGUGGCCUGGCAAGAAUGGGGAUGCUUUCUCGGCCAGCUUAGCUCCCAGGAUUCAUCCUGCCUGGGGCUCCCUACAGAAGGAGCCAUCCUCCCCCGCUUCCAGCUCCAUCUCUGCAAGGUUAGCGGAAGUGGAGCGGGGACAGUGAGAAGAGAGGGGGAGCCUGCUACGGGAGCUGUGUCUCCUUCGGACCUUGGUUUGCCCGUCUGUGAAAUGGGUGGUUGGAUUAGGUGGGUGGUCUCUGAUGUGGCUGAUACUCAGCUGUUUUGUGACUUCUCUCUCAAGGGUGUGGACCACCAGGGAAGGGCAGCACCAGAGCAUUAGCCAGUGAACACAGCCCCCUCCCUAGAUUGAUUUUGGUAGCUUCUACAUUCGAAACCAUUCAAGUAUGCCCCAUUCCUAGGACAGAAGCACAACCAUUUGGAAGUGAUUGGAGCAUGGGCUCAACUCAGUCUGCCCUUUGGCCCCUUUCCCUGCCACAGGGCUAAGGCCUCAGCCCCAGGCCGCGCCUGACCACCCUCUCCACA